GUCGCCGCCCGCGCGCGCCCGGCCGGGAACGCGGACGACGCGCCGCGGUGGACAGCUUCCAACGCUCCGCGCCUGCGACGCCAGUCCCGGGGGCACGUGCCUCGGCUUCAAUCUGGGAAUACUUUAAGUGAAACGUAUUUAAAAUCUUAGACCAUACCCGGAAGAAAGCCCAGUCAACAAUAAGGUGGAAGAGAAUGAUGUUGUCCUUAAACAAUCUACAGAAUGUCAUCUAUAACCCGGUAAUCCCCUAUGUCGGGACCAUUUCUGAGCAGUUGGAGCCGGGAACUUUGAUUGUGCUACGUGGGCAUGUUCCUAGUGACUCUGACAGGUUCCAGGUGGACCUGCAGUGUGGCAGCAGCCUGAAACCCCGAGCAGAUGUGGCCUUCCAUUUCAAUCCACGCUUCAAAAGGGCCAACUGCAUUGUCUGCAACACUCUGAGAAACGAGAAGUGGGGCUGGGAGGAGAUCACCUACGACAUGCCUUUCAAGAAAGAGAAGUCGUUCGAGAUCGUGAUCAUGGUGCUGAAAGAGAAGUUCCAGGUGGCUGUCAAUGGAAAGCAUACCCUGCUGUAUGCCCACAGGAUCAGCCCAGAGAGGAUCGACACGCUGGGCAUUUACGGCAAAGUCAUCAUUCACUCUGUGGGCUUCAGCUUCAGCUCGGAUUUAGGAAGUACCCAAGGAUCUACUCUGGAACAGACAGGGAUAAGUAAAGAAAAUGUACAAAAGUCUGGCGGGUCACAGCUUCCUAGUAAUAGAGGAGACAUUUCUAAAAUCGUCCCCAGAACUGUCUACACCAAGAGCAAAGGUUCGCCGCCAAAUCACACUUUGACUUGCGCCAAAAUACUACCUACCAACUGUUUGUCAAAGACUCUGCCGUUUGUAGCAAGGUUGAACUCCUCCAUGGGCCCUGGACGGACCGUCGUCAUAAAAGGAGAAGUAAAUACAAACGCCAAAGGCUUUAAUGUUGAUCUGAUAUCAGGAAAAUCCAAGGAUAUUGCUCUCCACUUGAACCCACGCCUGAAUAUGAAAGCAUUUGUAAGAAAUUCUUUUCUUCAGGAGGCCUGGGGAGAAGAAGAGAGAAAUAUUACCUGUUUCCCUUUUAGUCCUGGGAUGUACUUUGAGAUGAUAAUUUACUGUGACGUGAGAGAAUUCAAAGUCGCGGUGAACGGUGUCCACAGCCUGGAGUACAAGCACAGGUUUAAGGAGCUGAGUAAAAUUGACACGCUGGAGAUCGACGGUGACAUCCACCUACUGGAAGUGCGGAGCUGGUAGCUGUCACGAGGGCUGCAAAUGCUGAAAUACAGUAUGACCCCUGUAACACUGGCCUUGGUAAAACGCCUCUAUCACGACAUGCUUUAUAUACAUUGUUAGAGUCCUUAAGUCCCGCUGGGUGUCCUCAGUCGGUGCUGCGCGACCUGCCGAGCCCAGAGUGAGAAGACUGAUGCAAUGGUAGUCACAGCCAUUACUGUAACAGGCUUUCCUGCUCUCUCCACUGCACCUUGACUGCCUCUUUUAAACCCACUGCAACAGAGAAAGCCAGCCUGCACUGAGCGUUUCUCUUUUCACGUGUGGUGGGAGCCAGGGGUACACAGUGGGGCGUGUACAUUCCCUGUUCUGCCAAGCUCUGGGCCACUGUUGCUCCUUCACACACUAGACUCACCAGGGACUUAGAAGAAUUAUUCUAUUAAAUCACCUAAGGACACAAAUUUGUAGGUGACACUUCCUCCAGUGCUGGCUCAGGGUUUGAUCGUAUGCCAUAAUUGGGAGGACUGAUGUUGAUUUAUGUCUGGAGAUUUUCUUUAGCAUGAUAAAUACUUAGCUCUGCUAGCUGUAAGCAUUACCAAAUGAUUAACACUAUGAACUCUAAAUACAGCACAAUGAUAAAGGCAAAAAGCAAAGCAAAACUGAACCAGAUGCUGUUGAAAUUAACUUGAUGUCAGUCUCAAGGCCAUUGAUUUCUGUACCAGUAAAUGCACAUUUUAGAAUACUGGAGUUUCGAGUGAGCCAGAGGUCUCCUAUGCACAUACUCUACAGAGAGUGUAAGGUAGACAAGAGAUGGUCUCAAUUUGUAAAAUGUCUGUGGGUAACAAAGCAGUGUCAAGAGUAGACUUAAUGACUGCUUAUAAAGCAGGCCCUAUCCGAAAAGUAAGCUACAGCGGCCGAGACCAGUGAAGUGGAGAGGCGCUGGUCUUCUGCCCCUUGUCAGCGCAGACUGGCACUCCUCUGCCCAUCUGAAGACGGGUCCAUCAUCAUUAGUGACAGAGAUCAAAACAUUGUUCUGCUUUUAGUGAUUAAAAUCAAAACCUGUAUCAGCAAGUUAAACUGUUGCAUUUCUGUAAUUUUUGUCUAUUAUUCUUUGAAGCAAGUUGGCAGAACUUCUUUGUAGAAUUCUUACAGGUCAGAUCUUGUUACAGGGAAUUUCAAAGGUUUGCAAGUGGGGAGGGAAAAAAAAGAUCAGUCGCAUCA